AUGGCUACGGCGCUCAUAGCCCAGUCCAGGGCCUUGUAUCGCUUGCCGAUUGAGGUAUGGACUUUGAUUUUGCUGCAGUUAGAGCCAGCCGAGAUUGUCGUGGUGCGGAAUGCGACGCGAGCCAUGUAUGCGGCGGGCACGUCCUAUUUGUUGUGGAAUGCACUGCUAGUCCAUUACGAAAAGCGCAGUAUACCCAUUGCAUGGUACGAUUGCAAGCUUCACGAUAAUUGCGCACAGGCGCUGGAGCGCUCGUUGCUCGUUGCUCGACGAGUGUCGCUUGCAUGGCAGACCCAUGGUGCCCAGCCCAAACGCGUCGUUCGAUUUCGUGCGCAUGCGAAUCGCAUCACGAGUAUUAAAAUGAUUCCUGGGUGUACUUCUAGUGACUAUUGGCUUAUCACUGGGUCUGUGGAUGGGUUUGUGCGCGUAUGGGACGUGCAUCGAGCCUUGUCUCAGAACGGCGCGAUGGACGUGACACCCGAAUUACAUCAAGAUAUGUCGCUGCCAGAGGAUGCCGUACCUGUGGAUCCAGCUACAGAUAUUCGGCGCUCUUCGAAUGCGUUCCUUGUGGCGGAGGUGGACACGGGCGGAGAUGUCACAUCGAUUGAUGCCAGUAUGGAUCGCACAACGCGGACUAUGAGAAUUGCUGUCGGGUCCUAUUACAAUGCAGCGGCGUGCUUGCUAUACGAGCUGCAUUUGGAUACUUUGCCGCAUAUUAUGGACUUGUGCGCUACGCUUGAUCCGCCAGAAUGGUGCGGCACGCAAUGUGUAUCGCUACUGCAUGACGUUGUCGCUGUGGGAACAUAUACUGGUCGAGUAUACCUGGUGCAUUGGCAUACAGGUGAGCGGUGUAUGUUAGAGCAUGCUGAGCCUGGCUCCAUUGCGGCACUUAAGCUACUGCCUUCGUACAUGAUAUCCAUUACGCGGCUCGGAAGCAUGUAUGUAUACGAGCGCUUUGGCACGACACAGGCACGGCUUGUUGCACAACACACGCUUUCACCGCAUCCGAUCCUUAGUGUAUCGUUUGGCGAGUCGUGUAUGGAGCGUGCCGGUCAGCUAGCAUCGGGCACGAUCACGGAUCCAACACCUUUGGCAGUCAUGUGUGCUGACCCUGUCGGCGUUUCGCAUUGGGUCUGGCGCAGUGCAGAAGAACUGACCAAGAUCCGGCAUCUGGAUAUGCCCCCCGAACGGCUGAUCGGCGCAUCCAUAGGCGCGUUGGGUCGUUGCGGCCUCAUUACCACGAGUUUGGGUGGUGUGCCGCCGGUCUGCUCGGCUCGUGCGUACACACAGGGACGUACCCUGUGCUCUAUCCGUCCGACGCCUGAAUUGACUCUACCGGAAUGGAAUCAGGCUCUGCCACCGACGCCGCCUACGCCGCCAUUGCCGCAGGGUGAUGGAGGCUCACCGGCCCCAUCACAACGGCGCCGCGCUCGUGUUGACUCCUUUUCAUCCACAUCGACUACGAGCUCGGUCGCACCCGCGCCCUCGAGCCGUGUGGACAUGCUGACAGAAUCGGCCCUCGACGAGGCUCGGGGUCUCGUUUGCUUGGCAAGUGUCCGUGGCGCCGUGUGGAUCUCAGACUAUGGAAACAGUUUAGAUACCAUGUAG